AUGUACAUCGUGAUUUGGUUCCGCAACUUUCUCAUCUCAGCCCUUUGGGCCAUAGCCAUAAGCAUUGGCAGAAUCUUUGGUUGCGAGAGGGCCCUCAAAAAGCAACUCUACGUGGCUGGCUCUCGUUUUGGCAUAUCUUCUUGGGCCACCACCAAUACGAAACCCGCAACGACCACAGAGAGAAUCUUGGAAUGGAUGGAAAAUGUUACCCCUGGACCACCCGAAAAGCCACCUAAAAGACCGAAGCGCAAGGCCACCUCCAAGAAGAACAAGACCAAAAAGCCCAAGAGACGAGCUUAA